AUGGCGACGGGCAACGGCGCCGAGGUGGCGCUCUCUUUCGGCGCCGACAUGUACAAGAAGCUGUUCCCGGCCGAGUACGUGCGCAAGUGUCUGGCCAGCAAGGUGCGCCCCGACUCGCGCACGAUUGAGGCGGCGCGUGCCGUGCAGCUGCAGACGGACGUGGUGCAGACGGCAGCCAGCUCCAGCCUCGUCAAGCUGGGCAAGACGUCGGUGCUGACGGCCAUCAAGCUGGCGGUGGGCACGCCCGCCGUGGCUACCCCCGACCAGGGCGAGAUCGCCGUCCAGGUGCACUUGUCGCCGCUGUGCUCGAACCGAUUCUCGGUCGGCCGGCCGUCGGAGGAGUCGCAGAGCAUCAGCAGUCAGCUCACGAGGAUCAUCGUCGGCUCACGCGUCGUGGAGAUGGAGAGCCUGAGCAUCGUCAAGGGCCAGUCCGCCUGGAAGCUCAUGGUGGACGUGUACUGCGUGGACCACGACGGGAACGUGCUGGACGCCGCGCUCACGUCGAUCAUGGCGGCGCUCAAGACGUUGAAGCUGCCGGCCACCUCCGUCAACGAGGCGGACAACGUGGUCUCCAUUGUGCCGGACGAAGACGCCACGCCGCUGCGCGUGGAGCACUGCGCGUACGCGACGUCGUUCGCCGUGGUGGAGGACUCGGUGCUGAUCGACCCGACGAGUGACGAGGAGGACCUCGCGAGCGCCGUGUUCAGCCUCUCGUACAGCACGAACGGCCAGCUCUGCGGCGUGCACAAGGCCGGCGGGACCAUCGUAGCGCCCCACGUGAUGCAGCAGUGCAUGCAGGUGGCCAAGCGCAACACGGAGGCGCUGGCCAAGCUCGUGGACGCCUCCACCUAG